UAUAACGUAUGUCGCACUCACGUCGCCUGUACGUCAGCCGCUAGCGCCGCCGAUGUUUGGCAGGUUGUCCAGGUAACCGCGGGAGUCAUCGGAGACCCGUGUCCGUCAUGCAGUUGAAGCACCUGAGGACCCUGCUGAGCCCUCAGGAUGGCGCUGCAAAGGUGACCUGCAUGGCCUGGUCCCAGAACAAUGCUAAAUUUGCUGUCUGCACAGUGGACCGAGUGGUGCUGCUGUAUGAUGAGCAUGGGGAGCGGAGAGACAAGUUCUCCACCAAGCCAGCCGACAUGAAGUACGGCAGGAAGAGCUACAUGGUGAAGGGCAUGGCGUUCUCUCCUGAUUCCACAAAAAUUGCUAUAGGACAGACUGACAACAUCAUCUAUGUCUACAAGAUUGGAGAAGAUUGGGGUGACAAGAAGGUCAUCUGCAACAAGUUCAUCCAGACGAGUGCUGUCACUUGUCUGCAGUGGCCUGCAGAGUACAUCAUUGUCUUUGGACUGGCUGAAGGCAAGGUUCGCUUAGCAAACACUAAAACUAACAAGUCAUCUACUAUCUAUGGGACAGAUUCUUAUGUGGUAGCGCUGACAACCAACUGCUCUGGGAAAGGGAUACUCUCGGGUCACGCAGAUGGCACCAUCGUGAGAUAUUUCUUCGAUGAUGAAGGCUCUGGAGAGUCACAGGGGAAGUUGGUUAACCAUCCAUGCCCACCCUAUGCCUUGGCCUGGGCCACCAACAGCAUUGUGGCUGCUGGCUGUGAUCGGAGGAUUGUGGCCUACGGGAAGGAAGGCCAUGUGCUACAGACUUUCGACUAUAGCCGUGACCCUCAGGAGCGGGAGUUCACCACAGCUGCUGCAAGUCCUGGAGGCCAGUCUGUCGUGCUGGGAAGUUAUGACAGACUUCGGGUGUUCAACUGGAGUCCUCGAAGAAGCAUCUGGGAAGAGGCGAAGCCCAAGGAGAUUGCUAACUUAUACACCGUCACGGCCUUGGCCUGGAAGCGGGAUGGCUCACGACUCUGUGCGGGAACGCUCUGUGGUGGGGUGGAACAGUUUGACUGCUGCCUCCGAAGGAGCAUUUACAAGAACAAGUUCGAGCUGACGUAUGUGGGCCCUAGCCAGGUGAUUGUGAAGAACCUGUCUUCGGGAACCAGGGUGGUACUCAAGUCACACUAUGGCUACGAAGUAGAAGAGGUGAAAAUCCUGGGAAAGGAACGUUACUUGGUGGCUCACACAUCAGACACGCUGCUGCUGGGGGACCUGAACACGAACCGCCUCAGUGAGAUAGCCUGGCAGGGAUCUGGUGGCAAUGAGAAAUAUUUCUUUGAAAAUGAGAAUGUAUGCAUGAUCUUCAAUGCUGGAGAGCUCACCCUAGUGGAAUACGGGAGUAAUGACUCCUUGGGCUCUGUCCGCACUGAAUUCAUGAACCCUCACCUUAUCAGCGUCCGUAUCAAUGAACGCUGCCAGCGAGGAAUGGAAGAUAAUAAGAAAUUGGCUUAUCUUGUUGAUAUUAAGACAAUUGCUAUAGUGGAUCUGAUUGGUGGUUACAACAUUGGUACUAUCAGUCAUGAAAGCCGUGUGGAUUGGCUGGAACUUAACGAGACUGGACAUAAGCUUCUCUUCAGGGACCGGAAACUUCGUUUGCAUCUCUACGAUAUUGAAAGCUGUUCUAAGACAAUGAUCCUCAACUUCUGCUCCUACGUGCAGUGGGUUCCCGGGAGUGAUGUGCUGGUAGCUCAGAACCGAAACAGCUUAUGUGUAUGGUACAAUAUCGAGGCACCUGAAAGAGUCACCAUGUCCUCAAUCAGGGGUGAUGUUGUUGGUCUGGAGCGAGGUGGUGGGAAGACAGAGGUCAUGGUAACGGAAGGAGUGACUACUGUGGCCUACACCCUGGACGAGGGCCUGAUUGAGUUUGGAACAGCUAUCGAUGACGGCAACUACACCCGGGCUACAGCCUUCUUGGAGACCCUGGAGAUGACCCCAGAAACAGAGGCAAUGUGGAAAACCUUGAGUAAACUGGCCCUGGAGGCAAGGCAGCUUCACACUGCUGAGAGGUGCUUCUCUGCUUUGGGUCAUGUGGCCAAAGCCCGGUUCCUACAUGAGACCAAUGAGAUUGCAGAUCAGGUGUCCAGGGAAUAUGGAGGAGAAGGAACGGACUUCUAUCAGGUUCGAGCUCGUCUAGCCAUGCUGGAGAAGAACUACAAACUGGCCGAAAUGAUUUUCUUGGAACAGAACGCUGUCGAGGAGGCCAUGGACAUGUACCAGGAGCUACACCGCUGGGAUGAGUGCAUUGCUGUGGCUGAGGCUAAGGGACACCCAGCCCUGGAGAAGCUGCGCAGAGAUUACUAUCAGUGGUUAAUGGACACACAGCAAGAGGAACGAGCAGGUGAACUUCAGGAGAGUCAAGGGGAUGGGCUGGCAGCCAUCAGCCUCUACCUCAAAGCUGGGCUCCCUGCCAAAGCUGCGAGGCUGGUGCUGACCCGAGAGGAGCUACUGGCCAAUACGGAGCUGGUAGAACAUAUCACCACAGCCCUCAUCAAGGGAGAGCUCUAUGAAAGGGCAGGUGAUCUCUUUGAGAAGAUUCGAAAUCCACAGCGGGCCCUUGAGUGCUACUGUAAAGGCAAUGCCUUCAUGAAAGCGGUUGAGCUGGCUCGACUGGCCUUCCCAGUGGAGGUGGUGAGGCUAGAGGAGGCCUGGGGGGACCACUUGGUGCAACAAAAGCAACUGGAUGCAGCCAUCAACCACUAUAUUGAAGCCAGGUGCUCCAUUAAAGCAAUUGAGGCUGCCCUGGGUGCCCGCCAGUGGAAGAAGGCAAUUUAUAUACUAGAUCUCCAGGAUCGGAACACUGCGUCUAAGUACUACCCUCGCGUAGCCCAGCACUACGCAUCUCUGCAGGAGUAUGAGAUUGCGGAGGAGCUCUACACCAAAGGAGACCGGACCAAAGAUGCUAUAGACAUGUACACCCAGGCUGGCCGCUGGGAGCAAGCUCACAAGCUGGCCAUGAAAUGCAUGCGACCAGAAGACGUGUCAGUGCUCUACAUCACCCAGGCCCAGGAGAUGGAGAAGCAGGGCAAGUACCGAGAGGCUGAGAGGCUGUAUGUGACAGUGGAGGAGCCGGAUCUUGCCAUCACCAUGUUCAAAAAGCACAAGCUGUACGAUGACAUGAUUCGCCUGGUGGGGAAGCACCAUCCAGACCUCCUCAGCGACACACACCUUCACCUAGGCAAGGAGCUGGAGGCAGAAGGCAGACUGCAAGAGGCUGAGUAUCACUACCUUGAGGCCCAGGAAUGGAAGGCAACUGUGAACAUGUACCGGUCCAGCGGGCUUUGGGAGGAGGCCUACCGGGUGGCCAAAGCCCACGGAGGGGCCAAUGCCCACAAGCACGUGGCCUAUCUCUGGGCGAAGAGCCUGGGAGGAGAGGCUGCCGUUAGACUGCUUAACAAGCUGGGACUUCUAGAGGCUGCGAUUGACCAUGCUGCUGACAACUGCUCCUUUGAGUUUGCCUUUGAACUCUCUCGGCUAGCCCUCAAGCACAAAACCCCGGAGAUUCAUCUCAGAUAUGCCAUGUACCUGGAAGAUGAGGGCAAAUUUGAGGAGGCUGAAGCUGAAUUCAUCCGGGCUGGUAAACCCAAAGAAGCAGUCCUCAUGUUUGUCCACAACCAGGACUGGGAAGCAGCUCAGCGUGUGGCUGAGGCCCACGAUCCUGACAGUGUUGCUGAGGUACUUGUAGGUCAGGCUCGUGGGGCCUUGGAGGAGAAGGACUUUCAGAAGGCAGAAGGGUUACUGCUUCGGGCCCAGAGACCAGGGCUGGCUCUCAAUUAUUAUAAGGAGGCUGGACUCUGGAGCGAUGCUCUGAGGAUCUGCAAGGACUAUGUGCCUGGCCAGCUAGAGGCCCUGCAGGAAGAGUAUGAGCGAGAAGCUACCAAGAAGGGAGGCAGAGGGGUAGAGGGACUUGUAGAACAAGCACGGCAGUGGGAACAGGCUGGAGAGUACAGCCGUGCAGUGGACUGCUACCUCAAAGUUCGAGACUCAGGAAGCAGCGGACUGAUGGAGAAAUGCUGGAUGAAGGCGGCUGAACUGUCCAUCAAGUUCCUGCCUCCCCAGCGCAGUCUGGAAGUCAUUCGGGUUGUAGGGCCCCAGCUGAUUGGAAUUGGAAAGCACAGUGCUGCUGCAGAACUCUAUCUGAACCUGGACCUUGUCAAAGAAGCAAUCGAUGCUUUCAUUGAGGGUGAAGAGUGGAACAAGGCCAAGCGUGUGGCCAAAGAGCUAGAUCCCCGGUAUGAAGACUAUGUGGAUCAGCAUUAUAAGGAGUUCCUCAAGAACCAGGGCAAAGUGGAUUCGCUGGUGGGUGUGGACGUUGUCGCUGCCCUGGACCUGUAUGUGGAGCAGGGCCAGUGGGAUAAAUGCAUUGAAACAGCUACCAAGCAGAACUACAAGAUUCUACACAAGUAUGUGGCUUUGUACGCAACUCAUCUGAUCCGAGAAGGUGGCUAUGCCCAGGCACUGGCCCUCUAUGUGCAACACGGAGCCCCUGCCAACCCACAGAAUUUCAACAUCUACAAAAGGAUCUUCACUGACAUGGUGAGCUCUCCUGGGACCAACAAUGCUGAGGCCUACCAUAGCUGGGCCGAUCUUCGGGAUGUCCUCUUCAAUCUGUGUGAAAACCUGGUGAAGUCCAGCGAGGCAAACUCCGCAGCUCAUGAGGAGUUUGAGAUGAUGCUGUUGAUUGCUCAUUACUACGCUACACGAUCUGCAGCCCAGAGUAUCAAACAGCUGGAAACCGUAGCUGCCAGGCUUUCCGUUUCGCUCUUGCGCCACACCCAGUUACUACCUGCAGACAAGGCCUUUUAUGAAGCAGGCACUGCUGCCAAGGAAGUUGGCUGGGAGAACAUGGCUUUCAUUUUCCUCAACCGAUUUUUGGACUUGACUGAUGCAAUCGAAGAAGGGACCCUGGAUGCGCUGGACCACUCAGAUUUUCAGGAUACAGACAUUCCCUUUGAGGUGCCACUACCAGCCAAGCAGCAUGUCCCGGAGGCUCAAAGAGAAGAAGUUCGAGACUGGGUGCUCACAGUCUCUAUGGACCAGAGGCUGGAGCAGGUUUUGCCCCGGGAUGAGCGUGGUGUCUAUGAGGCUUCCCUAGUAGCAGCGAGCACUGGAGUGCGGGCGCUGCCCUGCCUCAUUACAGGUUACCCCAUUUUGAGGAACAAAAUUGAAUUUAAGCGGCCUGGGAAGGCUGCUAACAAAGACAACUGGAACAAGUUUCUUAUGGCCAUCAAGACCUCCCACAGCCCUGUCUGCCAGGAUGUGCUCAAGUUCAUCAGCCAGUGGUGUGGCGGGCUCCCCAGCACCAGCUUUUCCUUUCAGUGACGGUGGAGCGGAGAAGUGUUAGAUCUGUUCCUCAUUAAAGUUCUGUGAGUAGUGGAGACUGCUGCAUUCUUUGCUCAACAUCUCUCCACACAGCACACUGCCUUUUACUCUAAAAAGAACUGUAAUCAGGCAGAAGACAAAACACAAGUUCUUUUAUUACAAUUAUUUAUACCACCCUAAGGUCAGGGCCCUGUGCAUAGUAGAAAACACCUGUGGACUGCACCUCAGAAGAGUCCCUGCCUGUUAAAGAAAAGAGACAACCUGAGUCAAGAGAGCAAGCAACAUAGCAAAAGGUUAGCCCCAGUCCCCAAGGAUGCAUCCCACCCCAGGGCCUUCACCUGUCCUAAACCCAGGUUUUCUGUAAGGCCUGGAAAUCCUGAUGGGGGUGGAGCAGCUGCACAUUCUCCUGCCUUUUACACUCUGCAAGUUCAAGCUCUGUCAGUUCCUCCAGCUGCAGCAAAGGAGGGAGUUCAGUAAUUGGAUCUUAAAUGACCCACCAGUUCCUUUUCAACGCAACCAGGGUAUGGAAUGAGCCCUUCCUGUUCCUUUUCCUUACCUGUCCCUGCAACCCUUCCUUCCUGCAGGGCCCAAUGCCCCGUAGCGUGAGUGCAGCCACACAACAGUACACAGAAAGAGCAGCCUCGGCUGCAGACAUGGACAGAGAAGGGAUCCAGAGAGCCAAGGCUGUAUCCUAAAACCCAAAAUAACAAAGAGGACAAGUCUUGGCAAGAGGCAGGGGCAGCACACAGGGCAAAGGUGAGGGCCAGAGUUUCUCCAACCGCAAGAAUAAACCUCACAUAAAUUCUUGUGGGAUCAAAGGGGCAGUCAGUGUGCCCAGGCCCCUGGUCCAGCGGUAUCGAAGGAUCCAUCAGUCCUGGAUGGCAAUCAGCAAUAAGACGGCGGCCACCAUUGGCAACAGUGAGCGAUACAGCCAGGAGGAGGCCCAUGGAGCAGGCAGCAGACAAGAACAGGUUCACCAAGGCCAGCGUCAGCAGGGCCCAGUGCUAGUGGGGUAGAAGACCUGGGUAAACAGCCUGUUUAAGUUUCCCCGUGAUACUUCAGUUUCUCUAUUUGAGGCUCCUGCCAUCGGUAGUCCGCUGAGACACCUCCUCCACCCCUCUCACCAGUCGUGGGCGAAGAAGGUUCCUGGAUGCCAAGAGGGCCACAAGUCCCACGGAAAUGCUCUGCGGAAGCAACAAGCCUAUGGCUUACUGUCUCUCAGCGCCCCAGUCCAGCCCGCCUUGCCUGUCUCCGCGACGCUCACCAGUAGUCCCGAACCCACAGAAAUGACAUUAGCUGUGGUGUACUCAGGAGUGACCGCGCCACGGGGGUUGGCCACGUGCCGCAGGACGGUACCAUGCAGCACAGCUCCCACCAGGAGGUUCACGUGGCCCACCAGGAUCAGCGCGAGUCCCACGCGCAUCAGCCGCCUGGGCCCUCGGACGGCGUCUGCAAGGUAGGGGGAGGGGCAGAUAGCAGCCGUGCAGGGCGGGGCCACUCAGCCUCGGCCUGAGGACCACAGGUGCGGACCAAAGCCACAACUUACCGAAGACGCAGACGCGGCAGCACCUCAUCGUGGCCGCUCUGCCCCCUCUGCCCGUCUGCUCAACCUGGACCCGCUGCGCCCCGACGCCGACCUGAGGCCCAGCUUCCGCGAAGCCGCAGGCAGCUCCACCUGGGCCCGCCCCGCCCCCGACCUAAGGCCCGGGGCCGCCCUACCUGAGCCCGCCCCGCCUCCACCAGGGCAACUGCGCCACCCACUGAGCCCCAAGCACAACACAAGAUGCUUUAGCAAAAAGUAGACUUUAUUACAGCAGCAACUGAGGCGAUUCGAAUGGCCCCCCGGGGCCACCCCUGCAGCACCACCUUUCUCUCCCGCCCAUGCGCCCCAGCGGGAUUGUAGAACUCAGCUCCCCCAAUGCCCGUGGGCCUCCUGUCCACACAGGCAGGGCAGGAGCCAGCAGGUCAGCUACUAGCCCCCCAGCUAGAAGGUGGCUGCUGAGAAGGCCCAGGCCCACGUCUGUGCAAAACAAGUAAACAAAGUGCAGAGGGGAGGAAGAGAGGGGAAGGGGCAGGAUGAUACUCAACCAGGGAGCCCCUAAAGCCCUCCUGAAUAGUAUGGGGAAGAAGGGGCUUCACAGGGUAAUACUGACUGGGGACAGGGGACAGGAGGACUGCAGCAUGCCCAGGGACAGCCACAGCUUGGCUAGGGGCCUGGCUCCAGUGAGCUCUAUGAGGAGACGGUGACAGCGGCUGAGUUGAGUGUGCUGUUCCUGGCAAAGUUGAACUUGUUGAGCGUCUCCUCCAGCAGAGAAGUCAGGCGGCUCUGAUCAGCCUAGGGAAGCAGCUCAGUGAGGCAGGGCUCAGAGAAGGCAGGGAGGCACCCAGGGGACAGAAGGCAGGACCCUCACCUCACUAAUGAAGCCCAGCUGCACCAGCUCCGCUGCCAAGUCAGGGAUGUUCUCAUCUGACAGAAAAACAGGAGGGGUGCUUGAGUACAGUCUGAGAGGAUCCGAAACCCUGUGAAUCACUGUCUCUGUCCCUGACAUGUCCCCUCAAAGGAUAAGGCUCACAGACUCUCCCUCCUCCAAAAGAAAGGAGACCCUCACUUGGCAUCAGGUCACAGCUCAGGUGCCGGUUCAGUUUGUCCUCCAGCUUCAGCAGAAGUGUUAGCUAGAGAAAGGACAAUCAGAAUGAGGCUCCUCCUCCCAAGGGCCCUGUGAUAGGUAGGCCCUGUGCAGCCCUGGCCCUGAGCUUACAUGGUGUCUGACUCCCUCCUCCACUGAUUCGAUGUUGCACUGCAUCAGCACCACCUGGACGGGACAGACAUGGAGGACGGUCCUUAACGACUACUCAGUAACACACCAACACCUGACACUUGGCAGCCCACAGGAGAGAACGGUGGCCAGCAGGAAGAAAUGCAUUCCAUACAGGACAGUGCCUUAGCUAAGUAAGAGGUCUCUACCCCCAUGGCCAAAAGUACAGUCCCCACCUUGCGCGUCUCCACUUCAGCUGGCUCAGGAGUUGGAGUCUUGACAGAAGGGGGCACAACAGGUGAUGUCACCUCCUCCUGCUGUGGCUGCUGAGGCCGAGGUAGCCCAAAGGCUGUCAGAGGGUAGAUCCCAUUCCUGGUGGGAGAUGACAUAAGUCACAUGAACUCUGUGAAAGCCUCAAGACACCUGUCCCUACUUCCUCCCAGAAGCCCACUCUCUCUCACCUGACAUCUUCAAGGAAUUUGUCUAAUUCCAGGGCUGGUGACUGAGAGUACCUGGAAGAAAAAGGAAACAGCAUGAGUCUCGGAUAGUAGUGACCAAUCUGUCCCUAUAGACCCUCUCAGCUGGCUACUCACAAAGUCUGAACUGGUUCUCGUCCUGGCCCUGCAGGAAUUUCAGCUAGUACAGCACUGGUAUCCAUGUUUUUGGUGAUCUCCUCUAGAGCGUUCUCUGGGAUCAUGUCUGGUGGGUAUAAUGGGGUGGAAUAUCAUGUAAAGACAGACUUAUUCACACUAGGCAGAGAGGACGGGGCUUAAGAAUCCCUUUGGUAACAGAAAGCUAAAGACAACAUGCCAGUGAUGGAAGCCUCACAUUGAUGAAAACUCCUAGUAAUCUUUGUAUAGCCUGGAUUCAGUCCCAGGACCAAUUCCUAGUAGGGACUAGGGGACUCACGUUGGUGUCCCACGAUACAGUGAGCAGCAAGAAGCUUGAGUGAGGGCACUUCAAACAGUGCUGGGUGGAACAGAAGUUCUCUGGCUGUUGGUCUCCGAGCAGGCUCAGACUGCAGGCACUUUUGAAUAAACUCCUGUAAGAGAACAAGAAACUGGAACCGGCAUCUGGCAAGACUCUCACAUCUGUGUAACUUUCAUUAGAUGUAGCAAAAUGUUUCCUACAUGCUUGGAAUUCAAACUUAUUGGGGAAACAUGGAUAUAUUUCCUGACAAGGCUUUAUAUCUAUAUGGUAAUGUAUAAACUUAUCUUUCUAAGUGUU